AUGGCACAAACGCCGGCUCAAUUCCCUCGAUUUCCUGACCUACCUGCCGAGAUCCAGUGCCUUGUCAUCAAAAAACACUAUGAAGAUCCGUGGGUUGUGAGCUUGGUUAGGCAGCGAGAUCCCCUGACUUCGAUGUUCACAUGCCGAUACGAGUUCUCACCAUGGAUGGGGCGGCCGUUAUCCGUUAACCACUUGUUCCACGCUGAAGCAAAAAGGGUUGUGCUGAAAUCUAAGGCAGGUACCUACCUGCACAAAUGUAAGGGCGAGGAACAUCACUCUGCUUGGUUCGAUGAUGCCAUCACGACUUUGGACGUCCAGGUAUACAACAGCUUUGAGCCGGAAACUGCAUUUCGGUUCAAGCGUCGAUUCAAGAAUUUGACCCGCAUCGUUAACGUGAACGGUGCAGACCUAGAUGUUCUAGAGAGGAGGAAAGACGCGUUCUUGACUCGUGGAAUGGGCCUUUUGAUUGGAGAUCGAUUCUUCCACAGUUCCAACGGCGCCUUGGGCAGUGACGUUACAUUGUCGAUGGAGAUGGCGUGGCCAGCCGACGAGUGGGCUCCCACUCCAGCUCCAGCCGGAUUGUUACACGAUCUACUUCAAUUGCUACCGCAACUGUCUGGACAGAUUCUUUUUCUCCAGUUUGAGUUUACCAAGACGACCUGUGCUUUGAAUGAUUUGACCCUGGUGGACAUAGAGGAAGAAACUGACUGGACGGCGGAAGAGGUUGUGAAGAUGAUCAAAGAUGCCGAAGAAGAGCUAUCGCUUAGCGGAGAGGCGAGAACUUCUGACUAG